AUGUCCUGUACUGAAAAAUUCCCAAACCAUUUAAUAAACCUUAUUAAAACAUCUAAAUAUGUCCACCUGGCUACUGCUUCAACAGAUUGUGUCCCAUCUGUGUCAUUAAUGAACUAUACAUACAUCCCUGCAGAUAAGACUUUUAGGAGUUCACCUGAUCAAAAGGAUUGUUUUAUCAUUUUUGCAACGUUCAAUAACACUGAAAAAUAUAUCAAUAUUUUAAGUAAUCCAACGGUAUCCUUAUUGUUCCAUGACUGGGUUACAGCCAACAACCUUUCUGUUAAAAAGAAUAGUUUAUCUCGUUCUGGUACACCAAUGCAAGAAAAAGAAUCUACCCCUUCGGCUACUGCCUCGGCUCCACAACAUCCAAGUAAAUUAUUGAACCUUUUACAACAAUUAAAUCAAGCAGAACUAAAUGAAAUGAGUGCUACCAUUAGAGGUGAGGCUAUGCCAAUCGAUCCUGGUAGUGAGGAGUCACUCUACUAUAAAGAUAUUUUAUUGAAGACUAACCCAGAUGCAAAAGUGUUUAUUGAUAGUGAUAAAACCGUCAUUGUUAAGGUGAAGAUUGAAAGUGCAAAAGUUACAGACAAUGAAAAUAAUACAAAUAUAUAUAAGUGA